CCCAUACUCUUUCGGAGCAAAUGAGCUAGCCAAUUAUUAUUCUCCCGUGGAGUGCGCACCAUCUACUAAGUACUUUCUGCUCCAGACCAUACGACGAAGCCUCGGAGGACAGCGAGCGCGAAUCUGGCACCACGCGAUUCUUGAAAGAUCAGCCAAUUCCACGAUUGCCCGCCAACAAUGGUCAUGGCCCGGCCAUAUAUGCCUCUGCGGAGCGCCCUUCGUCAAACCACUUCUCGAACUCCAUGCAAACCCCGAGGCGUCUCAGGAUCGUUUCGCAGAUACUUAUCGGAGCAAAAGCCACGCGACCCCAAGCCCUUCACUGUGUGGAAGCCAUACCUACGGCUAGCAAUCGGUGUUCCGUUCAUUGCUGCCCUCAUUUAUUCAAUGAUGACAGGUGAAGUGACUGAGCUUGACUCGCCGUCGAUUGUAGAACUCGAUGAGGCAUUGAAGAAACAAGCAGCAAUCAGCGAGACGUCACCUAUGCGCCUGCGCAUGGAGAAGUUGAUCAAAGAACACCAGCAGAAGAUUGUGCAAGAACUAAGCAGAAUAGAUGGAAAGCAGUUCAAAAGCGACGAAUGGACGCGCCCUAACGGAGGCGGUGGGAUUUCCUGCGUUCUUCAGGAUGGUAAUGUUUUCGAGAAAGCUGGGGUCAAUGUAUCAAUUGUCUACGGAGAGUUGCCUCGCCCCGCUAUCGAAAAGAUGCGAGCUGAUCACAAGUCCUUUGUCGGGGCUGAUGUUGAUUCACUGAGUUUCUUCGCUGCUGGACUUUCUCUGGUUCUGCACCCACACAAUCCUAUGGCGCCGACAGUCCAUCUGAACUACCGUUACUUCGAGACGUCAGACCCCAAGGAUCCAAUCAAUGGUGACAAGAACUGGUGGUUUGGAGGUGGCACUGACCUGACCCCGACCUAUCUCUUCCCUGAGGAUGCCAAACACUUCCACCAGACAAUCAAGGAUGCUUGUGACCGACACGAUGCUACAUAUUACCCCAAGUUCAAAGCCUGGUGCGACAAGUACUUCUACCUACCUCACCGCCGUGAGUGCAGAGGCGUCGGUGGUAUCUUCUUCGAUGAUCUUGACGCUAGCUUCUUAGAGUCAUCAUCCACCUCAUCACAGAAUCCGCAGGAGACGCUCUUCUCGUUCGUGUCGGAUGGGCUCGCUUCUUUUCUUCCGUCCUAUGUUCCCAUCAUUGAGCGCAGAAAGGACAUGCCUUUUACACCCGAACAGAAAGAGUGGCAGCAGCUUCGUCGAGGUCGCUAUGUGGAGUUCAACUUGGUGUACGAUCGUGGUACCAGUUUUGGUCUCCGUACCCCAAAUGCUCGAAUCGAAAGUAUUUUGAUGAGUCUUCCUCGUACGGCAAGUUGGGCCUACAUGGAUCCAGUGUCUGGGACCCGCACCGAGGAACUUGACUCAGAGGAAGCGCUGCUAACUAAAGGAAAAGAGCAUGAGAAGGAGAUCAUGGACGUCUUGAGACAUCCCAGACAAUGGGUCUAAGGAUUAUACCGGUGGUUUUUCAUUCUCACUUUAUUGUACACUACGAGCUG